CCGCGGCUGGGCAAGGCGGGCUGCGCGCCCGAGCCGGCGCUGCAGAUGGCGAACACGAACUUCCUCUCCGGCCUGGCGCCCGAGCACUGCAGGCCCCUGGCGGGCGAGUGCAUGAACAAGCUCAAGUGCGGCGCGGCCGAGGCCGAGAUCAUGAACCUGCCCGAGCGCGUGGGCACCUUCUCCGCGCUGCCGGCCCUGGGCGGCCUGUCGCUGCCCCCGGGGGUCAUCGUCAUGACGGCGCUCCCCUCCCCCGCGGCCGCCUCGGCCGCCGUCACGGACAGCGCGUUCCAGAUCGCCAACCUGGCGGACUGCCCGCAGAGCCACUCGUCGUCGUCGUCGUCGUCGUCGGGGGGCGCCGGCGGGGCCAACCCCGCCAAGAAGAAGAGGAAGCGCUGCGGGGUCUGCGUGCCCUGCAAGCGGCUCAUCAACUGCGGCGUCUGCAGCAGCUGCAGGAACCGCAAAACGGGACACCAGAUCUGCAAAUUCAGGAAAUGCGAAGAGCUCAAGAAAAAACCUGGCGCUUCGCUAGAGAGAACACCUGUUCCCAGCGCCGAAGCUUUCCGAUGGUUCUUUUAAAGCAGUAGUAUAUCUUAUUUUCAAGGCAUUUGGAAGUGAAGGGCAAACUAAUGUCUUGUUUUAAGAAACUGCUUAGUCCACCACUGAAGAAAAUAUCCACAUAUUAUUUUCAUUUUAUGUAUAGGGGUUUCUUCAAAAAAAAAAAAAAAGGAAAAGAAAAGAAAAAAGACAUAUAAAAAUAAUUUGGGAGCUUGGGGAAUUGGCCAGUCUGUUCCCUUUCAAUACACUGAUUCUUUCUUGGAUGUAAUUUAGCUAUUAUAGUGAAGUCAUUGUCUAUUUUAAAAGUGGCUGUAAAAAAUAAGUUUGGGUAAACCCCUGCUGUAAAACCAUGUAUCUUUGCAAAGUACAUAUCUAUGCUUCGUUCUGGAAUCUGUGUGUCUCGGUACUGUAAACUGUACAGAUAGCAGCCUGUAUUUUGAGUGUUUAGACACGAGGAGACAAUCACGUCUGAGCAUCUAUGGAGAUUAGCGGUUUGUACACAACGGGAUGGUUCUGCGACUUAAAUCUGGAGCAAUAAAUUUUAGCUUUAAGUAUUUUUGCCAGUUGUUUGUAGCAGCAGCCACAGCAGAGGCGUGUUUCCGAUGCAUCUUUCCGUAGAGACUCGAUGCCAAGUUUUACCGACUAAAGGAUGACGACGCAUCCCGCGGUUACCUCCGGUGUGUGUCCUGAGGGAGCUGUCACGCGAGUCCCGGUCACUCUUCUUCGAGCACUGUGUUAGCGUAGCGGUCGUGCACUUGCGUUGCUUGCAGACGAGCUGUGCAGAGGGUGGGCCUCCCGAACCUUAGUGUAGGGACUUGUCCGGGGUUGCACUGCAAGGCGGGGCCCUUGGGGUAGUUGGAACUUGCAGAAUCGGUUGUACAAUUUUCUUUUAAGUGUUUUCUAGGAUACAGAAUAAAGUAUCAGAUCUUAGGGGGAGAAAUCCAUGACUGACUUUUUUCCCAGCCCAACAUAGGCUAUAUGUAUUUUUUGUUUGUUUGUUUAUUUUUUGCCUCUUUUUGGGUAGGAAAAAUAAACAUUUAAUAAAAUGCAUCCAAAUGUUUUAAUUCUAUGUAUGAUAUUAAAUGGGUAGUUUUGUUUUAAAGUUUAAACACAUCAAGGCCUCCUGCACUGAGGCUUGGCUAGGGAUAUUUUUAAGUUAAAAAGAAAUAGAUACAUUCACAAAAGUGAGGCUUUUUAGUCUCUUUUUAUCUUCCUUUCUCGGAGCCUCCCAGUUGGGCCAGUGGCAUGUUCCUUCGCUCCCGUUCCCAUCCUUCCUUAGGAGGCAGGGCUGAGUCUGGAAUUCCAUGAAUGCAGACAGCCCCGACAGGAGCUGGAACUUCACCGACCCGUGCCACCUUCUCACAUGGGGUGCGGUUCCCUCUGGCAGUUAGGGUUCCUGAGCCUGUCCCCACAGGACAAAUGUUCUUUGUGACGACAUGAUACCUGAGAAGUUUGUUUCAUGUUUUUUUUUUGCCAGAUUAUAAAGGUUAUUUUCAGCUUCAGGAAUAAAACAGAGUUUAACAAAAAUACAUGGACAGCGAAGUUGCCAUGUCACUGUAACCUUUUUUCUUAAUCCGCUAGCAGCUGUUUUAGCCCAUGACAUCCUUUAGCCUGCUGAAAAGUGUUCGCAAAAUGGAUCAUGUGAAGAAAAAUAACCUGAGGAGAGAAAGAGUAAUGAAAAGGACUGUAAGUUUUAGGGAGACUAGCAGAUGAAUACCUCUAAAAGGCUAGCUGUAGCUUUGAAUGGGAAAUAAAACGACAGAGGGCAUUUUGAAAACUGCGGAGGAGCGCUUCAUCACUGGAUUCCUGGGGUGAGGGCGGGGAGCUCCUUAGGAAGCCAGUGGACCGCACUGGGAUGCGCAGCCCGGAGUGUGAAAGCGAGGUGCUGUUAGGGUCAGACAGCCUCCCUGAGGAAACCUCCUUGUGUACGACACCUCUCCAUGUUCACAGGCGAGAAUUAAACAAGCACAGACUAAGAUGCGCUGUGUGCUAAUUCUGAGAUAACUUUCUACUUGCUGUAUAUUCCUUCAAAAGUUUCUAGUUAGAAUUUCCGUUUCUGCUGUGGGACCAAUGAGAGCUUCAUGGGUUCUUUCUUGUUCCAUUUUUAUUUUAUUUUACUUUAUUUUUCAACCAGUUUGCUAAUUACUUACAAGUGAGUGAAAACUGACUUUCACCCUUGAACGGUAAGAUUUCCUUCCUUUUUGGAAAUGAUGAUUGCUGUUGUAGAGUGAAGCAGGCUUCCAUGGAGGCAACAUCAGCAUACAAUGGUGUAUAAUAAAGACUUCACAGCACACGUGCCAGGAUUGCAGGUCUUGAGGUGUUUUUAUUUGUUUGUUUUCCUAAAGAACUAAUGAAUCUGUAUAUUGUAAAAUGUGGUGUUUUACAUGUCAGUUCAGUUUUUUAAAUGAAAGAAAAUCUGUUGAUUCUUGAAAUGGAAGAGUGCAGCUUUUACAAAUUCUCGUACGUCUAUUCUCGAUACUGUUCUUUUACACCAUCCGUUUCCUUUGUUUUAGGUAAAGCUCUAUUUACGUGAUGUAAGGCACACAGAAGGAGACAGGGAGGGAGGCGGUCUUCCUCCGGCCCCCUCUGGUUCUCCUCCUCGUAAGCCGUGUGCUGAGAACUUGGAGAGCAUAUCAUUGUAACCCUGAGGGAGUGAUUGAAAGGUUUACAUUUUUCAUGAUUCUAAAAUACCAAUGAAACGUAACUUUUAAUAGUUCCUCACUGUAUGGUUCAUAUUCAGUACCGAGAAAAUUCACAAUACAGCAAUCACAAUAUAGAUCGUGUGGACUAUCUACACAACUUAAAAAUUACGUAUCAGAUAAGCCAAACGCAGAACUUGGUAGGAGACGUCCAAACGCGCAGGAGCCUUCCUUCUCUAGGGGAGAUGAUGAGACACUACAGUCAGUCAGCAUUUGGGGAGAGCAGGGGAAAUGUUGGGGAGGGCAGGGAGAGUUCAUGAGUGAAUCAAUUUCCUCGUCAGCUGUCGCUCUGCACCCUAACGUCACAAGAGCGUCAUCACGCAGCCUGUCUGUUGCGGGCCUUUGCACCAAAGUGGCUUUCUGAGGGGUUCUGCCUGUCUGUACAGCGGGAGGCGUGUUUACAAACUGGAAACGUAGCCAUCCUUGGGAGAGAAAACAGGGAUAGCGUUCCUCCAGGGUCAGAGUAUGUAGAGGCACCUCCUGGGUGCUUCCUUCUUCUAGACACGUUUAUAGGGAGCAGGAGACGGGGGUGUCCCAUGAGUUAAUGUCAGGCGAUCACUAAAGGAAAGUUUUCUCUUCCUUUCGUUUAGAACCCUGGCAUGUAGGCCGUACAAUUAGUACUGAGGCUUAUAAAGGCUUUAAGCUGGUGAUGUCUGUAAUCAAACAAUGAAAACAGGAAAGCAGUUCACUGAAAGCACCAUUCAGGGUCAAACAUGUUCAGCAGAAAGCCGCGGUGGGCCUUUGAUUACGGCGAGAUUCACAGUGGAGUCAGACCGUCGGUUCUCAUGUAACAGCUAAAUGUUUCAGAUUUUGUUUUUAUUAAAUUUGGCAGUUUCACACUGAGAUCUGUAUUCCUAGUGAAUAAAAGACGCUACUAUGUUAGGAGGGGUUCCAUUUUCACAACUGCAAGCAGUCAGAGAUACUUCAGGAACACGGGCCACAAAUGGACUCCUUUCAUGGUGUCUCUUAUUCUGAGCUGUGCAGUGAUCUAUUGAAUUUUCUAAUAGAUAUUUGUGUAAGGUGUAUGUAUGCUUGUGCAAUUAUAAAAAAGCAGUUUUGGAAAAGUGUAUUUAUUAAAGAAAAUUACUUAUGGGGCAUGUACAAAACUGUAAAAAAACUUUAAAAAAACACAUUCAAUUUGCCCAGUAAAAUUGUUUUUGUGAAAUUUCUGUGUUGUUGAAUAAAGGACUUUAGUAUUCAAAAUAUCUCUAUUUUUCCAUGAAGAAAUUUUUAUUUGUGGGAUUUUUAAGUAAUAAGCAUAUGAU